AUGACCCAUGCUCUACCCCAGUCACAGACACAAGGACAGGUGACAGAAGGGAAAGCCAACUCAGUGGCGGAUGGCAAUGCAAAUGCCACACCCGAAAAGGACUCUACCACAGUUACCAUUACCGAGACGGUGCUAUGGGACCGUAAAACGGACGGUGGCUUUCCCGAGACCAAGGAACUGAAGAACCGGGUCCGUAAUAUCAUCGAUCCGGACAGGGAUCUCGGUCAUAUUGACCGGAGUCUAAAGAAGAAGAACGGCCAGGACCAGGAGCGAGACCAGGCAUCACAGCAGGAGGAGGUCAAGGACAAGUCACAGCCGGAGACCGCCACUGUUCGUUCGUCCGUCGAGCAGCCUGGCAAAGAAGAAAACAAAACCGAGUGUGAGGAUUGCAAGUGA